ACCACCACCACCACCAUGCAGGCAGCAUCGAACGCAGCCCAGAGCGCCAUGGGCGACUUCCCCACCGUCGUCCGCCCAGAGUACAAGGUCCGCCAGGAUGGCAGCACCAUGAAGGCCCUCGCCUGGUUCGGCACCCGUGACGUUCGCCUCAUCGACGCUCCUAUCCCAGACAUCAGCGAGCCUGACGAUGUCAUCCUCCGUGUCACCGGGACCACCAUUUGCGGCUCGGACCUGCACCUCUACAACGGCGAGAUCGUCAAUCUUCAGAAGGGCGAUAUCCUGGGCCAUGAAUUCAUGGGUGUCGUCGACGCCAUCGGGUCCAACGUGAAGAACCUCCAGGUCGGCCAACGUGUCGUCUCUUCAUUCCAGAUUGCAUGCGGCGAGUGCGAAUACUGCAAGCAGAAGCUCUCUUCCUUCUGCGAUCGUACCAAUCCCUCAUCGCUGCAAAAUGCGAUGUAUGGUCACCGCGACGCUGGGUUCUUCGGAUACUCCCACUUCACCGGCGGCUUCGCAGGCGGUCAAGCAGAGUACGUCCGCGUGCCCAAGGGUAACGUGAACUUGCUCCCCAUUCCCGAGGGUGUCUCCGACGAGAAGGCCCUUUACCUCUCCGACGUUCUCCCCACGUCGUAUCACGCCGUCUUCGACACUGGCGUCAAGGAAGGCGACGUCGUCGGUGUCUGGGGUUUGGGUCCAAUUGGCCAAUGUGUCGCCAAGUGGGCACUCGCGAAGGGUGCAAAGCGUGUCAUUGGCGUGGACCGCAUCCCAGAGCGUCUUGCUUUCGCCAAAAACAAGCUAGGCAUCGACACAAUCGACUUCUCCGAGCACAAGGACGUCGUGAAGCGCUUCCAGGAAAUCGCGCCAGGCGGCCUCGACGUCGCCAUCGAUGCGGGCACAUUCCACCAGCCGAAGAGCAUCAUCCACAAGGUCGAGAAGGCGCUCAUGCUCGAGACGGAUGUGUCGGAGAUCGUCAACGAGAUGAUCAUGUCCGUCAAGAAGGGUGGCAACUGCGGCAUCAUCGCGGCCUACGCCGGGUACACGAACCACUUCAACAUCGGUGCGCUCAUGGAGAAGGGCGUGCGCCUCAUCGGGAACGGCCAAGCGCCGGUGCACAAGUACUGGAAGGAGAUCCUCUAUGACUGGAUCAUCCCCGGCAAAUUUGACCCCGCUUUCAUGAUUACGCACCGUGUGCCGAUUGACGACUUCGUGAAGUUGUACGAGGCCUUUGACAAGCGUCAGAACGGCGUAGAGAAGGUCUUCGUCGAGACCAAGUUCUCGAACCCGCCGGCCCCCGGGCUCCCGAAGACGACACGGGUGUCAGAGUGGCCGAGCGUUUAAGGGGUGAGCGGUUUGAACGGAACGGAAGUAGCUUGUAUCACUGUACCAGUAUGGAUGUACGAUUCUGUAAUGCCGUAAUUCUCAUGUCGUUCGUGUGUCCUUGUUGGUACUUAUGGGCUGCGGGCAC